AUGGAGAGGCAUCGCUUCGAAGGGGACCUGAAGCAAAUCAAGGACGCCAUCGCAAAAAUGAACGGCCGCCUCAACGACAUCGAGGCUGGAGGUGAUCGUCAGCUGGUCGGCGAUUUGGAAACGGAGAUGGGUCACAUGAUAGAGGCCCUGCGUGAAGUCGAGGCCGGCUUUGAGAAUGCCUACAGCCAGCAUUCUCAACAGGUGAGCAAGGGCAGCAGCGCCAAAGUUGCAGCACCUCAUGGCGCAGCACCUCAUGGCGCAGCAGCCCAUGGCGCAGACGCCAACGGCACAAUCAGCGUAUGA